AUGCUGCGUGUGGUUACGGGAUUCCUUCUCGAAUACUAUUCCAAAGGUUCACUCGACCAUAUCACGAGCGAGGAAAUAGCCGUGACUGAAUAUCUAAAGAUGCAGUGGGCUAUGCAGGUGGGAAAAGCACUGAACUUGCUACACACGAAGGGUCGGUCUCACCUUGAUAUCAAACCUUCGAAUGUUGUUUUAGAUAGUGAGCGGAAUGCUUUCCUCAUCGAUAUCGGCGGUGCUGGAUAUUACACAUGGGAAUGGCUCUCCCCAGAGAUGCAGGUGUACAUGGAAGAAAACACCGAGAAGACCCCGGCCGACGCGUGUUUGGAUGCACAGAUUGCUACGGACUGUUGGGCUUACGAAAAAUUACUCUUCUUCAUCGCCACAGAAUGUAGCCCUGGUGGUGCUAUAUCUGAUGAAUUACGAGCUUUCGGGGACGACCUGACCAAGUCAAGGCCCGAAACUCGCGCCACUCCUAGUAAUACCCUCGCCAUACUGAAUGAGUUGCCAUCCUAG